CACCCGCCCGCGAGCCCAGCCCAGCUCUGCUCCCUCGCCCGGCGACACGGCCAACGCGUUGGCCCCGCCCCCGGGGCGCGCGGCUUAUAAAUACAGCUGCGCGGCGGGCCGUGCGAGAGCGUAGCGGAGGUGCGGUUGUGGGUCGGUUACCGGAGCGGGGAAACCUUGGGCUAGGGGGAGCGGAGCGGCGGCGGUCGGGUUGGAGGUCCGAAGGGAGUGACUAGGGAACCCGGUGGGCUGCUUUCCUUCCGGUGCUUUUGAUUUUUCUUGCCUUUUGGUCUCGGCCGAGUGUCGCCCAUUGAGCAGAGAUCCCCUCGCAAAACCCGGAGCGACCCUCCUGUCAAUUGUUGGGCGCGGGAUCGCCGGGAGCUUCGCGGUGCCCCAAGCGCGGACCGAGCGCGCGGGGCGCAAAGGCAAGAGGAGCGGAGCCGGUCGCGGGCGGGGGCCUGGAGCUUGCCUGCCUCCCUCGCUCGCCCCACCGGGUCCGCUCGCGCAGGGCGCGCGCGAUGAAGGCGGUGAGCCCGGUGCGCCCCUCGGGCCGUAAGGCGCCGUCGGGCUGCGGCGGCGGGGAGCUGGCGCUGCGCUGCCUGGCCGAGCACGGCCACAGCCUGGGCGGCUCCGCGGCGGCGGCGGCCGCGGCGGCGGCAGCGCGCUGCAAGGCGGCCGAGGCGGCGGCCGACGAGCCGGCGCUCUGCCUGCAGUGCGAUAUGAACGACUGCUACAGCCGCCUGCGGAGGCUGGUGCCCACCAUCCCGCCCAACAAGAAAGUGAGCAAAGUGGAGAUCCUGCAGCACGUUAUCGACUACAUUCUGGACCUGCAGCUGGCGCUGGAGACGCACCCGGCUCUGCUGAGGCAGCCGCCGCCGCCGGCGCCGCCGCACCACCCGGCCGGGACCUGUCCGGCUGCGCCGCCGCGGACCCCGCUCACGGCGCUCAACACCGACCCGGCCGGCGCGGUGAACAAGCAGGGCGACAGCAUUUUGUGCCGCUGAGCCUAGCUGUCCAGGUGUGCGGCCGCCUGAGCCCGAGCCAGGAGCACAAGAAAGGGAGGGGGAAGAGCAGAAGUUAGAGAAAAAGCCACCGGAGGAAAGGAAAAAAACAUCAGCAAAUCCUAGAAACGUUUCACUCGUCAUUCCAAGAGAGAGAGGGAAGAAAAAUAAAACUUUCAUCCUUUUUUUUUUUUUGCACGUUCAUAAACAUUCUACAUACGUAUUCUCUUUCGUCUCAUUUAUAACCGCUGUGAAUUGUACAUUUCUGUGUUUUUUGGAGGUGCAGUUAAACUUUUAAGCUUAAGUGUGACAGGACUGAUAAAAGAUCAAGAGCAAAUCCGACUUUUAGAAACCUACUUUGUGACCAAGGAGCUCAAUUUUUGUUUUGAAGCUUUACUAAUAUACAAGAGCAUUGUAGAUAUUUUUUUUUUACAUCUAUUGUUUAAAAUAGAUGAUUAUAAGGGGGCAGGGAACUUUCUAUUCCCUGCAGGAAUGUUACAUAUUGUAUAGAUAACUGAGUGACAUUUCAUACCGUGUAUAUAUAGAGAUGUUCUAUAAGUGUGAGAAAGUAUAUGCUUUAAUAGACUACUGUAAUUAUAAGAUAUUUUUAAUUAAAUAUUUUUUUGUAAAUAUUAUGUGUGUGUUUUUUUUAAUCUAUGGGAAUAUUUCUUUUGGAAAAUUAUUUUCCAGCUCAGUUGAAGAGCUCUUGGUAUCUUGAAUGUCUUUUCUGUUUGGCCUGGCUUUUAAUUUGUUUUUGUUUUGCCCAGUGUCCUGUAGACUCGGAAGUAACAGUUAUAGCUAGUGGUCCUGCAUGACUGCAUGAGAUGUUUAAUCACAAAAUAAACUUGUUCUGAGUCCAUUCAAAUGUGUUUUCUUUAACCUAGAUUGAAAUCUUUGUAUUUGAAGCAUACAUGUUGAUAAUAUGCUUUAUCAGUUUUUAAGUACAGGGUUUGAUAGUGUAAUAUAUAAAGAGUAAGUGUGUGUUUUUUGUUUUUUAACUGAGGUCAAAAUGGAUUCUGAAUGAUUUUGCUUACAGGAUGAGGAAAUGCUUGGAUCCUUAUGAGUUUAGGAAAUCUACUGUUUUAAUCAAAGUGAAAAAAUACUUAUCAUUCUUCAUUUUACACUAAAGCUUAAUGUCACUAAGUUUCAUGUCUGUACAGACUAUUUAAAUCAUAGAAAUGAAAAAUGUUCUCUGCUUGCUACCAAAGGACAAACUCUUGGAAAUGAACACUUUCUGCUUUCCUUCCUCCAAAGAAUAUUAAUAGGCAACAGUGGGAGAAAAAAAUUCGAAAGGCAUAAUGGCAAAUCCUUCAAGCAGGGGUAAAAGUCGAUCUUCAAACAUUAACUUUAAGUAGACCAAAAAUUCUGAUGACCGCAUCUAGAUUAUUUUUUUAUAAAAAUGAUUUUCACUAUAGCUAUGUUAGUUAACUGCUAAACUACUGUCCAAUCUCUUGUGAUGUGUAACUUUUACAUGUGAAUAUUAAAGUAGAUUUAUCUGUCUUGUACUGUGA